AUGGCAUCCAGCUUUUCACCAAAAUCUACGGUUAUUCUACUUAUCCAGCACCGCCGCUACAGAUUCUGGCGAGAGAAACUAAAAACCGACAAAGAGAACAAACAGAGGUCAGCCCUUCAUCACCAUCAGAGGACGAUGGUUGUGGUGGUGGUAAAACCCUACCAUCAACGGAAUUCUCAUCUGUAUUCAUCAGUGUCUCACCAUCAAACAAUGCUUAUUCCCCAAACCUCUGUUCGACCUCCAAAAAUUCCCCAAGCGACGACGGCUUUAAAUCCUCACCACUGCACAACCAUCACCACCGAAAUCUUCAUCAACAUCAUGGACGUCAUCCUUAUCCCAAUCUAA